AUGUCUAUUAUUCCACCAAAAGCCCCUUGGAUGAGUGAGGAAGAAUACAACAAAUUAUAUGGAAUUCAUUCUGAAAAGGAAACCAAUCCUGAUAAAGAAAAAAAUACUUCAAAUAAUGAUAUGGAAAAGGAUGAAAAUAAACCAGUAAUUCCAACAAAAACAUCAGGUAGGAUUACAAAAUCUAGAAAAAGAACAAACUAUGAGUUAGAAGAAGCUAAAAGGAAAAAGGAACAAGAAAAAAUGAUUGAAGAUCAAAUCAAACAGCACGAAAUUGAAAUGACGGCCAAGAAAAUCAUUAAUGUUGAUCAGGUCGUCAUAGACCAUUAUAACCAACGAACUAAAAUCUCUAAAACUUCUAAGCGUCAAUACUCUCCUAUCAUUAAGUUAAGAAAUUUUAACAACGCAAUCAAAUACAUGUUGAUUGAUAAAUACACCAAAAGCGGUGAUGUUGUUUUGGAACUAGGUUGUGGUAAAGGUGGUGAUUUGAAAAAAUAUGCCAACUGCCAUAUUUCACAGUUAAUUGGAAUAGAUAUAUCCAAUGAAUCAAUUGUUGAAGCUUCUGGAAGAUACGAAAGAUCAAGGAGAAGCUUGGGCUACGAUGUUGUUUUUAUAACUGGUGAUUGUUUUGGUGAGUCCUUAGGUGUGGCAGUAAACCCAUUUCCAGAAUGUAAGUUCCCUUGUGAUGUUGUUUCCGCUCAAUUUUGUUUGCAUUAUGCUUUUGAAACUGAGGAAAAGGCGAAAAUAACAAUCUCUAAUAUCACAAAAUCAUUAAAAGUUGGUGGUUAUUUCUUUGCAACCAUACCUGACUCAGAGUUCAUAAGAUAUAAAUUGAAUAAGAUGAAUAAAGAUAUGGAGAAGCCAGCAUGGGGCAAUUCCAUAUAUAAAGUUCGCUUUGAAAACAAUGAGUAUAUUAAGAAUGGUUAUGAAUUUACAUCUCCUUAUGGACAGAUGUACACUUUUUAUUUAAAGGACGCAAUAGACAAUGUUCCGGAGUACGUGAUACCAUUUGAAACUUUAAGAAGUUUGGCCGAUGAAUAUGGGAUGGAGUUAAAAUUAAAAAUGAGCUUUAGCGAAUUUUUUGCAAAGGAAAUUCCACAAUGGUUUAAGAGGUUUUCACCAAAAAUGAGGGAAGGUUUACAAAGAAGUGAUGGCAAGUAUGGUGUUGAAGGGGAUGAAAAGGAAAUAGCAGCAUAUUUUUAUGCUGUUGUCUGUUUCCGUAAGGUACGUUAA